UGGUGACGAUGAUGAUGAUGAUGAUGAUCAGUGUACGGCAGUGAAACGCUCUCAAAGUGGGAUUUUUUUUUUUUAGGGAAAAGCGCAUUCACUGACGAUGAGUGACGAGAUUAAAAACACCUGCACUGGGAUUAAACGUCAAGGAGGAGGAGGAGGAGGAGGAGGAAACCAUAGCAACAGUCGUGUCCAGUGUUUGUGUCCCAAAGAUGUCCCCCUGUUUUAUGGAGUGUGAAGUGAAGGAGGAGGCAGAAGGCGACGACGGCAGCACCAUGGAUAUCACCAUGGCAGACCAGCUGCUCAAAAACAACUCCAUGUGCACACGACAAUAACAGAGAGCCAUGUAGGCGACGUCUCCUGGGCUGAAAUCCAGUCAAAAUCGCUGCCAUGGCGUUCUGUAACGAAAGCCUGCUGGAGAACUGUGACUUCAUGGAGCCGGAGGAGAGUCUGCCGCCAGAAGCCGCCACCCCUCUGAUAUCGGUCACCCUGCGCGUGACACUGGCGGCCAUUAUGAUCUUCAUGAUCACCAUCGGUUUCCUGGGCAACGCCAUCGUGUGUCUGAUCGUCUACCAGAAACCCGCCAUGCGCUCUGCCAUCAAUCUCCUCCUCGCCACGUUGGCCUUUUCAGACAUUAUGCUGUCCCUGCUCUGCAUGCCCUUCACCGCCGUCACCGUCGCCACCGCCGACUGGAGCUUCAGCAGCGGCUUCUGCCGAGCCUCCAUCAUGCUGUACUGGCUCUUUGUCCUGGAGGGCGUGUCCAUCCUCCUCAUCAUCAGCGUGGACCGCUUCCUCAUCAUCGUGCAGCGGCAGGACAAGCUGACGCCGCACAGAGCCAAGCUGCUCAUCGCCGGGUCGUGGGUGUUGAGUCUGUGCGUGUCGCUGCCGUCUGUGGUCGGGUGGAGGGCCGGCGCGGCGGGCAUCGGUGGCGCCUGGGCGCCGCAGUGCGUGCUGGGAUACAGCGAGUCCGUGGCAGACCGUGGGUACACGGUGCUGUUGGCAGUGGCCGUUUUCUUCGUGCCGUUCACUGUCAUGCUUUACUCUUACAUGUGCAUCCUGAACACGGUGCGCCACAACACCCUGCGCAUCCACAACCGCACCAACGAGCACUCGUGUCUGCCGGCCCUCAACCAAGUCAGCAAAAUGAGACUCACCGGGCUGCAGCGGCCCCCUCAGGUCAAAGUGGACAUGAGCUUCAAGACCCGGGCCUUCACGACCAUCCUCAUCCUCUUUGUGGGCUUCUCGGUGUGCUGGCUGCCUCACACCGUGGUCAGCCUGCUGGCCGUGUUCAGCCGGCGCUUCUACUACAGCUCCAUCUUCUACCCGGUCAGCAUCGGCGCCCUGUGGCUCAGCUACCUGAAGACGGUGUUCAACCCCGUCAUCUACUGCUGGAGGAUCAGGAAGUUCCGGGAGGCGUGUCAGGAGUUCAUCCCCAAACGCUGGAGGCUGUGCCCCAGAGUGCCGGGCCGGAACCAGAGGAGAGUGAGGCCGAGCAACAUUUACGUGUGCAGCGAGAUGCAGUCAGCUGUGUGAGAAACGGGGGAGGAACACGCGAACCAGCAGCGUUCACACGUACAGUACUUUAAACUGUUUUUAAAGCAAUGAGAGGCCACUGAAGUACCUUAAAAGAACACAGUAUACAGGUUGUUUCAGUCUCAACUUUUAAAGCGAUAGCUCAGGUUCUUUGAAGUGUGGUUGCGUCAGGCACCGACAGAGACUGCUCUUACUGAAAACAUGGCUUUUAACCACUUAAUAAAAGACUAAUCUAGUAUAAUUCACACCUGCUUAAGCCGACAAUAUCAUAAAAAUGUGUUUGAUGCCGUUUUCUGACCGGAAACUGAAGUUUGUAUCAUUUUAUACCAAAGUUCAUAGAGAAAAUCAGUGAUUUUACACCAUGGCAUACAGGAGUCGUCGAAGCACUGCCGCCUCCAUUACUAAGUUCAAAAGUGGUAUUUUGUCACUUAAAUGUUUGAAACCCUUUGUUAAGAUUUACUUAAGUGACACAAACCUGACAAAUGAGGCAGCAGCAGACCGGUAG